UCUUGCAUAAUUCUGAGGUAUCCGUGUAAUCCGUCCCAUCCUGUCACUUCUGUCCAUCUCAUUGGCAGUCCAGAGCCCCGACCUAGAUUCGGACACUUUCGUGCAUUCCCUCAUAGCCAGGUUAGAGCCAGAAUUACGAAGGAUAAUUCAGUCAUGUCAGACGUGGAUAUGAUUUACGCACUCACGAGUGUUGAUGUGCUCUACAGAAAAUUGUCUUGGGUGGCCACUUGGCGAAAUGUGGCGGAGGACAACGUUUUUCUCUUCACUUUUGCACAGGGCAACGGCAAGAUUCGACCUGAUUGGAAAAAUAUGUCCAUUGGAGAAUUUGGAUUAAAACUGAUCAACCGGAGCUAUGCUGAUCUUGUCAGUAAAUUGAGGUACAGGAAUUUCCGAUCUGUUCGGGCUAAAGUGUAUCUUUAUGCAAUUGGAGCGAAAUUUGUGGAGGGAAAUGACCUGUGGCCAAAUGAUUUGAUGCAUUUAGUCUUUUUCUUGCAAAUUGGAGUCUACUUUUUCAAAGUCCAGAAUGAUCUGUUUCUUGGACCCAGAGAGGCUUUGAGGUUGGUUGAUCAAAUUUACCAGUUCAAACAAGUAGGUGCACAAAAGGAGCUCGCAGCAAUUGCUUAUGACUCUGAAACUGAUGAUGAUGAUGAUGCAGAGAAUGUUACGCCAUUACUCAAUGGCAAGAAAUCGUGUGUUCCUUUCCAUAACAACAACUUUGAGACAGCUUCACCAAACUCAAAACCAACUUCCAACUACGAAAAGUCGUCACUUCCUGCUUUAUCUAGUGGUUAUGAUUCUAAAGAAGAUCUCGAGGAACUCGUAACUGCUGACAUUGACCACUCAAAGAAGAUCAAGAAUCUUGAAACCAGGUCUAAAACAGCUGACAUUGGCAAGUCAAAGAGCGCUGAAAAUCUUGAAACCAGGCCUAAAACAGCUGACAUUGGCAAGUCAAAGAGUGUUGAAAAUCUUAAAACCAGUUAUAAAACAGCUGACGUUGGCAAGUCAGAGAGCAUCGAAAAUCUUGAAACCAGGUCUCUGCCCGAUGGUCUCUUAAAAGCCAGACAUGAUGCAGAAUUCGCCCCUAUUAAAUGUGCUAAGUCUCUGUCCUUGGCGCUCGGUCAGUAUGUUCCUGACUCCUCUAAUCUCCUUGCUACUAAGCUCCUUACCAGUCCUGGUGUUGAUUCACCAACCCAAGAGGAGUCUCUCAAACAGAAAGCUCAAACCUCAGCAUGCCAGGAUGAUGUCGCUGUAGGCCUAAAAAACCCCGACAAUUCUGCUCCAACAAAUUUGCUGACUGAUGACUCUGAAGAAAAACCUUUAAUAAAUAAAGUUAAUCUCAAAAUACAACCUGACACCCAUGAAGAGUCUCUUCGACCUGAGUUGUCACCCUUGGCGCUAAAGGACGGUGCUGCUGAUUCCUCUGAACCAGCUAAUCGCUCUGAAUUGAAGUGUCUGCCCACUGAUAUCCAGCCUACUAAGCCGGAGGCAGGAUCUCCAGCCAAUAAGUGCCCACCACAACCAAAACGAUCCACCGCUCAUCAGGAUGUUGUCCUUCGCGCCAAAACAAUCCCUUGUAAUCCCCUCUAUGAACGACUGAUCAUCAAGUCGUCACGUGAUUCAUUGGAUGUGUCUUCGGACAUUGUGUAUGCACUUGGCUGCAAGAGUGUCAUCAAAAAAGCUCUGAGAGAGGUCAAAAAAUGGAGAAAUGUCCCACUGGAUGACACGUUCUUGUAUUCUUAUGCGUUCGCAUAUUUUGAGAUGCGUGAUGGUGUGGUUCCCAUUGUCGGCGAUUUCUCAAAUUUGGCUCUUGAUCUUGAAGCCUCAGAAUGGCCAUUUGCGAAACUCGUUGGUAAACUUCGUCAUCUGAGAGUUUGUUCCAGAUCAGCUUGGGCUAUUAUCUACGUCAUUGGAUACAAACUGUACUGCAGGGGCGAAAAUUGGCCGCUAGAUUUGAUGAAUUUCAAUUUCUUCAGAUGGUUAGCGCUCAGAUAUCAGAUCUACCUGCGAUCCCCGGGUGAAUGCAAGAAUCUCAAUAAGAAAUAUGAAAAUACCGACUUGCUACCAUCAUACAUCAGAAUGUUCCGCCUGGUGCCAAAGGACACCUUUUUACAGGUGCAAGUGCAAAUUCUACCAUCUGCUCAAUUUGCCCGACCUGUAAUAACCUUUUGGAGAACCCCUCAACCAAAUUUUAAAGUUUUGUAGAAAAAAGGGUUGAUGAGUCGACCAAACUAAAAGCAAUUUAAACAUCUUUAAUUUUUUCAGAAAUCGUUCAAUCAAUAUUUUUUUCCGAAUUUCAAAUUAUUCUUGAAACAAACAAGCCAAUGAUUAAAACGCUCAACUAAAUCUCUUUAAGACAUUUCAAUCUAAAGAAAUAAAUGAUUUCUUGAAAAGCAAGUGGUUAGCAUGGUUUCUGAAAGCCACACGAAACUAAAUUUUUUUUAAGUACUUAGUGACAUCUUAGGUAAAAAUUAGAUUUAUUCGAUACAAAAUCAUGUA